AUGGCGAUGUCUCUGGGUUCCAACACCUACAACAGGCAGAACUGGGAGGACUCAGACUUCCCUAUUCUGUGUCAGACUUGCCUUGGAGAAAACCCUUACAUCCGGAUGACCAAAGAAAAAUAUGGGAAAGAAUGCAAAAUUUGUGAUAGGCCGUUCACAGUGUUCCGCUGGUGCCCCGGUGUUCGCAUGCGUUUUAAGAAGACUGAAGUGUGCCAAACUUGUAGCAAGCUGAAAAAUGUCUGUCAGACCUGCCUUUUGGACCUAGAGUAUGGCUUACCUGUUCAGGUCCGUGAUGCAGGACUCUCCUUUAAGGAAGACUUGCCUAAGUCUGCUGUGAACAAAGAAUACUACACCCAGAACGUGGAGCAAGAGAUUUCUAACUCUGAUGGAACUGGGCCAGUUGGAGUUCUUGGGAAGGCUCCACCUCCUAGUCCCAUGCUGCUCCAAUUAGCUCGGACCACCCCGUACUACAAACGGAAUCGUCCUCACAUUUGCUCCUUCUGGGUGAAAGGAGAAUGUAAGAGAGGAGAGCAGUGUCCAUACAGACAUGAGAAGCCUACAGACCCGGAGGAUCCUCUUGCUAAUCAGAACAUCAAAGAUCGCUACUACGGUAUUCACGAUCCUGUGGCAGAUAAGAUUCUAAAAGGAGCUUCCACAGCGCCUCACCUGGACCGUCCAGAGGAUCAGACCAUCACCACUCUAUACAUCGGUGGCCUGGGAGAUACAAUCAGUGAGAGAGAUCUCAGAAAUCACUUUUACCUGUUUGGAGAGAUCCGGAGGAUCACAGUCAUCCAGAGAAAGCAGUGCGCUUUCAUCCAGUUUGCCACUAGGCAAGCUGCAGAGAUGGCUGCUGACAAGUCCUUCAACAAACUGAUUGUAAAUGGGCGCAGGCUACAUGUGAAGUGGGGAAGAUCUCCGGCAGCCAAAGGAAAUGAAAAGGAAAAAGAAGGAACUUCGGACCCUGGAAUUCAGCUGGAGCCUGUCCCAGGACUUCCUGGAGUUCUUCCUCCUCCUCCAGCAGCUGAAGGAGAAGCCUCUGCCAAUUAUUUCAAUCUCCCACCCAGGGGUCCUCCAGCAGUGGUGACUAUGGCCCUGCACCCUCCCUGUGGGAUUGCACCUCCUCCCCAACCAGGUCUUGAACCAUACAUGUUCCACCCAAUGGGACCACCACCUCCCUUCAUGGCAGCUCCAGGACUCAUCCACUAUCCUUCUCAGGAUCCUCAGAGGAUGGGGGCUAGUGCGGAAAAGCACAGCACUGUCUAA